CGUCUCCAUGGCGACACCGGACGCGUGGUGGGGGCCGGUACCUGCCUGCUAGAGCCGCGGCUGCAGAGAUCCCAGCUGAGACCAGACCAUGUCGGACCUGGGCUCCGAGGAGUUGGAGGAGGAGGGAGAGAACGAUCUUGGGGAGUAUGAAGGAGGUCGGAAUGAAGCCGGGGAGCGGCACGGACAUGGGAAAGCACGCCUGCCCAACGGGGACACGUACGAAGGGCAAUACGAAUUUGGUAAAAGAAAUGGCCAGGGCGUCUACAGAUUUAAAAAUGGUGCCCGAUACAUUGGAGAAUAUGUUAAAAAUAAAAAGCACGGCCAAGGCACUUUCAUAUAUCCAGAUGGAUCCAGAUAUGAAGGGGAGUGGGCGGACGACCAAAGGCACGGCCAAGGGGUGUACUACUACGUCAACAACGACACCUACACUGGAGAGUGGUUUAAACACCAGAGGCAUGGGCAAGGCACCUACUUCUAUGCGGAGACGGGCAGUAAGUACGUCGGUAGCUGGGUGAAUGGACAGCAAGAGGGCGCUGCUGAGCUCAUCCACCUGAACCACAGGUACCAGGGCAAGUUCCUGAACAAAAACCCUGUCGGCCCUGGGAAGUACAUAUUUGACAUUGGAUGUGAACAGCAUGGUGAAUAUCGCCUAACAGAUGUGGAAAGAGGAGAAGUGGAAGAGGAGGACGAGACAGUAAGUAUGGUUCCGAAAUGGAAAGCACUCAAGAUCACAGAACUGGCCCUGUGGACCCCGACACUCCCUGAGGAACAGUACCCUGCUGAGGGACCCGGCCAGAAGGAAGCACAAAGAGCUACUGGUGGAGGUGACACCUUAGCGGAAGCCCAAGCUCUGGGGGAGGGUUUCGAAGGUGAGACAGAGAUGAGGCCCGGAGAGGAAGACAUAGACACCUUCAGGCAGGAGAGCCGCGAGAACAGCCAUGACAUGGAUCAAGACAAUGUGAACUUUGAUGAAGAUGACAACAGACAGUCAGACCAGCAGGACUGAGACGGAGCCUGGGGGAUGCACUAGCUGUGCACAUUGAUACCAGUCAGCUGUUCAUGUUUCUCUCUCAGUUGUUUGUUAAGUUUUGUGAUUGUAAAUAAAUCUCCCA